GAGAGUAACAGUAAAUGCAGAAAGAAUUGCAUUGCAGGAAGAUGUCUGUGAAAUGGUCUUCAGUCCUGCUAUUGACACAGCUGAUAUGCUGCUUCAGAUCUGUAACUUGUGGAAAAGUGCUGGUGUGGCCCACAGAAUACAGUCAUUGGAUGAACAUAAAGAUAAUCCUGGAUGAACUUGUUGAGAGAGGGCAUGAAGUAACUGUUCUGACAUCUUCAGCAUCCAUCCUUGUUGAUCCCAGCAAAUCAUCUACUAUUAAAUUCGAGAUUUUCCCUACAUCAAUUGGCAAAGAUGAUCUGGAAUAUAUGUUUAUGGAAUCCGUAAAAGAAUGGACAGAUAUUUAUGGAAAAAAAUCAUUUUGGACAUAUUAUUCACAAUUGCAAAAAUCCAUUUAUAAAUAUUCUGAUGCUAUUGAAAAUUUAUGCAAAGCAGUAGUUAGGAACAAGAGUCUUAUGAAGAAACUACAGGAAUCAAAGUUUGAUGUUGUUAUCGCAGAUGCAAUUGGUCCCUGCGGUGAGCUGCUGGCGGAGGUAUUUAAAAUACCACUCGUCUACACUCUUCGCUUCUCUUUUGGAUAUACUUUUGAAAAGUUUAGUGGGGGACUUCCGUUCCCUCCUUCCUAUGUGCCGGUAAUUUUCUCAGAAUUAAGUGACCGGAUGACAUUUGUGGAGAGGGUAAAGAAUAUGAUGCAUGUUUUAUACUUUGACUUUUGGUUCCAAGCACUUAAUGAAAAGAAGUGGAAUCAGUUUUACAGCGAAGUUCUAGGGAGACCCACAACAAUAUUUGAGAUGAUGGGAAAAGCAGAUAUGUGGCUCAUUCGAACAUAUUGGGAUUUAGAAUUUCCUCGUCCCCUCUUACCAAAUUUUGAAUUUGUGGGAGGACUUCACUGCAAACCUGCCAAACCUCUGCCUAAGGAAAUUGAGGACUUUGUGCAGAGCUCUGGAGAACAUGGUGUUGUUGUGUUUACUCUGGGGUCAAUGGUCAGUAAUAUGACAGAAGAAAGAGCCAACGUAGUGGCAUCAGCCCUUGCACAGAUUCCACAAAAGGUUCUGUGGAGAUUUGAUGGCAAGAAACCAGACACCCUAGGAUCCAAUACUCGACUGUACAAGUGGAUCCCCCAGAAUGACCUUCUCGGCCACCCAAAAACCAAAGCUUUUAUAGCUCAUGGAGGAGCUAAUGGCAUGUAUGAGGCAAUCUACCAUGGUAUUCCUGUGGUGGGCAUUCCCUUGUUUGCGGAUCAACCUGAUAACAUUGCUCACAUGGUGGCCAAAGGAGCAGCUGUGAGAUUGGACUACAGCACACUGUCAACUACAGAUCUUCUCACUGCCCUGAGGACAGUCAUUAAUGACCCUUCCUAUAAAGAAAAUGCUAUGAGGCUAUCAAGAAUUCAACGUGAUCAGCCAGUGAAGCCCCUGGACAGAGCAGUCUUCUGGAUCGAGUAUGUCAUGCGCCACAAAGGAGCCAAGCACCUUCGCCCAGCUCUCCAUGACCUUAGCUGGUUCCAGUACCACUCUCUGGAUGUGAUUGGGUUCCUGCUGGCUUGUGUGACAGCUGUGAUAUUUAUCAUUACAAAAUGCUGCCUCUUUUGUUGCCAUAAGAUCGCUGAAACUGGAAAGAAGAAAAAGGAGUAGUUGUGUUGAAGCCUUACCCCAAGAGUCCUGAUAGAUGGUCUUCUGUCAGCUUAUUCAAGCAAGAAGAGAUUGUGAUUCUGGGUGCUUUUCCCUCUGAAACAAGACUUUUCACAACUUGCUAGCUGAUUUUUUCAGGGAUUUACUACAUGUUUAAGACCAACGGUCUACAUGUUUGGUCUAAAGAUACCAAAUUACUUAAUGCACUUGUUACUUAAUUAUUUAAUGUAAUUACCUAAUUGCUUAAUGUAAUUGUGGUUCACAAAUUUGGUAAAACAUAAAACCUUUGUAAGGCUUUCUCAGUAUCAAUACCUUUAGACACAACCAGCAAAGUUUGCUCUCA